AGGAGGACAUCUUUCCGAACAAUAUGUAACUUUUCUUUAAGAGUAGAAUUAAAGAUGGAGCCACAGGUGGAAAACACAAGUCAGCCUUUUAACAACAGCACAUUGAGGCUGCCGGGUAAACAGAUAGUCCUGGGGAUGGGUGUGGAUAACUUUGUCUCUCUCCUCAUAUUCGGACUUAUCUUCAUCCUCGGUGUGCUCGGGAACACGUUGGUGAUCACCGUGCUGGCCCGGAGCAAACCGGGACAACCACGGAGCACCACCAACAUCUUCAUCCUGAACCUGAGCGUGGCGGACCUGUCCUACCUCCUCUUCUGCAUCCCCUUCCAGUCCACCAUCUACAUGCUGCCCACAUGGGUGCUGGGAGCCUUCAUCUGCAAGUUCAUCCACUAUUUCUUCACCGUGUCCAUGCUGGUCAGUAUCUUCACUCUGUCCGCGAUGUCCGUGGACCGCUACGUGGCCAUCGUGCACGCCAGGAAAUCCUCCUCGAUCCGGGUGAGGAGGCACGCGUUGCUCGGCGUGGUCUUGAUCUGGAUCCUGUCUCUGGUGAUGGCAGCUCCGGUUGCGCACUACCAGAGCAUCGUGGAGAGGGAGGACAACAACACGUUCUGCUGGGAGGUCUGGCCGGACCACCAGAGGAAAGUCUACGUGAUGUGCACCUUCGUGUUCGGAUACCUCGUGCCCCUCUGUCUGAUUUCGAUCUGCUAUGCAAAGGUUUUAAAACAUCUGCACAAAAAGCUGAAGAAUGUCUCCAAAAAAUCUGAGCUCUCCAAAAAGAAGACAGCUCAGACGGUCCUGGUGGUGGUGGUGGUCUUCUGCCUGUCUUGGCUGCCUCACCACAUCGUCCACCUGUGGGUGGAGUUUGGGUCUUUCCCCCUGAACCAGGCGUCUUUCGUGUUCAGGAUGUUGGCUCACUGUCUGGCCUACAGCAACUCCUCCGUCAACCCAGUUAUCUACGCCUUCCUGUCGGAGAACUUCAGGAAUUCCUACAAGCAGGUUUUCAGGUGUCAUAUACCCAGGAAGUGUCCUGUGAACGACACCAGAGACCUCCGCAGCAGGGUGGAGACGGCACCGUCAACCAACAUCAGCGUGAACAUCAAAGUUCACGACCCCCAGAUCACUAAAACGCUUUGAUGUUGCAGGUCAUCAGAGCAUCAGCGUUUCAGGAUUUUGAGGCCAAUACUGUACUUACCCAGAUAUGUAAGACUUCAGAUUUUUGAGAAACAACGACAUGUACAAAUCUAUCGGUGGACAUUUAUUUAACACAGUGUGAACAAUGGUGAAUACAUUCUGCCACUAUACAGAGGUCCAUGAAACUCUAAUCACCUGCCAACACAUUUCAUCAAUAAUUACUGCCAGAAAAAUGCCAUAUUGAUGCGAUGGUCAGACUCUGAGUUUUACGAUAUGAACAUAGUAAUUGUCAUGUGAAAAUAUUAAGCUCCUCAGAAGUGCUGCUUAGGGCCCCAGGCCAGUAAGUGGCCCUCGAAGGAUGACACAU